CAUGCGCAGUGCUUGACAUUUUGAAGUCGCUUCUCCGGGGUGUUUGAACAGGAAGGCGGACAUGUUGGCCAGGCUGUGGAAGAAAAUCGGGCAUCGUCUGCUGGUUUUUCCGAAAACUAACACACAUCUAAACCUAAGCCUUGGAUCUGAGAGAUAAAGCAGCAGCGUGGACAAGGGAACAAUCAAUGAGACAAUACAGCACGAGGAUAGCAACGGACGGUUGCGUAGUAACGACACACCGUGUUUAAAACUGAGCGAAAUUUUUUGGAAGAAGAAGCAGAAGUUUUUUUUGUUUCCCACCACUUCUACUUUUGAGCUGUCAGAAUCUAUUGUCGUUUUUCUUGCUUACAAAAGGGGCCCUGGCACAGCUAUGGGAACAGGCCUGGACUAAACCUUCCCCAGCAAACACAACAAAACAUUGAAGUUGUAAUAGUUUGGAUGAACAUUGUAAGCCUCCUCAGUGGCAUCCUGCGGAGGAGGCUGACUGGCUAAUCUGUCGCCGCAUUUAUCUUUUACUUGCCACUGAAGAAGAAGUUGUACUGCUGAGGAAAAAAAAAACAUCUUUUGGAGUCUGAAAAAUGUGGCUUUUGUACAUCCAACGCGACCUAAAACGUUUCAUGGUGUGUGAAAGCCCGAGGAGAAGGAUGUGUUUCCUCUGAAGCAGUCAAAAGUUCACACGAAGAAGAAGAAGAAAGGGGACGUUUGGCUAGCUAGCUGCUAGGCUGCUAAAGCUAGCUAGCCAGUGAAGCUGUGUGUUUUUUGUUCAUCGUGACUUGAGUUUAACAGCACAAAAACAAUGUCUGCUGGGGAAAGUAUGGCGGCUCGGUUUGAGAAAAUCGAUGCCAUGUUGAAGGACCCAAAGUCAGAAGUAAACACGGAUUGUCUUCUGGAUGGCUUGGACGCGCUGGUGUACGACCUCGACUUCCCUGCCCUGAGGAAAAACAAGAGCAUUGACAACUUUUUGAGUAGAUACAAGGAAACCAUUAGUAAAAUUCGUGAUCUACGCAUGAAAGCAGUGGACUAUGAGGUUGUUAAAGUUAUUGGGAGGGGAGCAUUUGGAGAGGUGCAAUUGGUAAGACACAAAGCCACAUGCAAGGUAUACGCCAUGAAGCUGCUGAGCAAGUUUGAGAUGAUCAAGAGGUCGGACUCUGCUUUCUUUUGGGAGGAGAGGGACAUCAUGGCUUUUGCCGACAGCUCUUGGGUGGUGCAGCUCUUUUUUGCAUUCCAAGACGACCGCUACCUCUACAUGGUGAUGGAAUAUAUGCCGGGCGGCGACUUGGUUAACUUGAUGAGCAACUAUGACGUCCCGGAGAAGUGGGCCCGCUUUUACACGGCCGAAGUGGUGCUGGCUUUGGACGGGAUCCACUCCAUGGGCUUCAUUCACAGGGAUGUGAAGCCUGAUAACAUGUUGCUAGACAAAGCAGGCCACUUAAAACUGGCCGACUUUGGGACCUGCAUGAAAAUGAACAAGGAUGGUAUGGUACGAUGCGACACAGCAGUGGGAACUCCAGACUACAUUUCGCCCGAGGUACUGAAAUCCCAAGGAGGAGACGGCUAUUAUGGCCGAGAGUGUGACUGGUGGUCAGUGGGAGUGUUCCUGUACGAAAUGCUAGUUGGCGACACUCCUUUCUAUGCAGACUCCCUGGUGGGGACCUACAGCAAAAUUAUGAACCACAAGAACGCCCUGACCUUCCCCGACGACAGCGACAUCUCCAAUGACGCCAAGAAUCUCAUCUGUGCUUUCCUGACUGACAGGGAAGUUCGACUCGGCCGUAACGGUGUAGAUGAGAUCAAGAGGCAUCCUUUCUUCAAGAAUGACCAGUGGACGUGGGAGAACAUCAGAGACACGGCUGCCCCGGUAGUGCCUGAGCUGAGCAGCGACGUCGACACCAGUAACUUUGAUGACAUCGAGGAGGAUCGGGGAGAGGAGGAGACCUUCCCCAUACCAAAGGCCUUUGUGGGCAACCAGCUCCCCUUCGUAGGCUUCACUUACUACAGCAGCCAGCACAUUGUUCGCAGCUCCACCGCCGCCAGAAAGGCCAGCGACAAACGUAGCAGCUCCACAAAGGAAGACAAGAGUCAUCUGGAAAACCUGCAGAAGAGGAUCUACCAGCUGGAGGAGCAGCUCCAUAGUGAGAUGCAGCUGAAGGAUGAGUUGGAGCAGAAAUGCAGGACGUCAAACACCAAGAUCGACAAGAUCAUGAAAGAACUGGAUGAAGAGGCGAACCUGAGGAAGAACGCGGAGGGCAGCAUUUCUGGGAUGGAGAAGGACAAGAUCAUGCUGCAGCACAGAUUCACAGAGCACCAAAGAAAAGCUGACCAGGAUGCAGAGAAGAGACGCAAUUUGGAGAAUGAGGUGUCGACUUUGAAGGAGCAGCUUGAAGAUAUGAGGAGGAUCAGCCAGAACUCUCAGGCCUCAAAUGACAAGGUCGUCCAGCUGCAGAAUCAGAUGGAAGAGGCCAACGACCUCCUGCGUGCAGAGUCGGACACGGCGGCGAGACUGAGGAAGAGCCACACAGAGAUGGCUAAGUCGAUGAGCCAGUUGGAGAGCUUGAACCGCGAGCUGCAGGAGAGGAGCCGCGGGGCGGACGGGGAGAAGGCCCAGUUGGAGAAGGAAGUGCUGCUUCUUCAGAGCACCCUGGACUCGGAGAGGAGGAACUACAGCAUGGGCUCAGAGGAGAUCAGGGAGCUGCAAGCGAGGAUGGCAGGGCUGCAAGAAGACAACAAAAACUUGAAGCACAGCCUCGCUAAAGUGGAGACAGAACGCAAACAGAGCCAGGAGAGGAGCAACAACCUGGAGAAGGAAAAGAACAACCUGGAGAUCGACCUGAACUACAAACUGAAGACCUUGCAGCAGCGUCUGGAGCAGGAGCAGACUGAACACAGGGUGACGCGGGCACAGCUCACUGACAAAUACGAGUCUAUUGAAGAAGCCAAAUCAGCUGCCAUGAAUGCUGUUACGCAGAAGAUAUCUGAGGAGAACGGCGCGAGGAUGCGAGCGGAGUGCCGGAUAGUGGAGGUCGAGAAGCAGUGCUCCAUGUUAGAGUUUGACCUCAAGCAGUCUGUGCAGAAGAUGGAGCAGCUGAUGAAGCAAAAAGAGAGGCUGGAAGAUGAGGUGAAGAAUCUGCGGAUACAGGGAGAUCAGGAGUCGAGCAAGCGCGUACAGUCUCAGAGCGAGCUGAAGAACCGCCUGCAGGAGGUGGACCGUCUGCGGUGUUCGGAGAAGCAGCUCAAACAGGAGAUCAACACGGCGCUGGAGAGCAAACGCUCGCUGGAGUUCCAGCUGGCGCAGCUAACCAAACAAUACAGAGGCAACGAGGGACAGAUGAGGGAACUUCAGGACCAGCUUGAGGCCGAACAGUAUUUUUCUACGCUUUACAAAACUCAGGUCAAGGAACUAAAAGAGGAGAUUGAGGAAAGGAACCGGCAGGUACAAGACGCUCAUAAAAAGGUGCAGGAGUUGUGCAGUGAAAGGGACUCCCUGUCUGCCCAGCUGGAUCUGACGGUGACCAAGGCUGAGUCGGAGCAGCUUGCCCGGGCGCUGCAGGAGGAACAGUACUAUGAGCUCGACCAGGAGAACAAGAAGGCGAUGAGUAGACAUAAGCAGGAGGUCGGGGAAAGGGAGUCUACUAUUGCACGGCUUGAGGAAUCCAAUAAAACUCUGACCAAAGAUGUGGAGAACCUCAGCAAAGAGAAGGCGGAGUUAAAUGAGAAGCUCAGCACUCAGGAUGAAGAGUAUGAAGCUCAGAAGGAAGAGAUUGCGAAUACAAUCAAGGCCAACUACGAUAAGGUCCUCACCACAGAGCGCACACUGAAGACUCAGGCGGUGAACAAGCUGGCAGAGAUCAUGAACCGCAAGGACAUGAAGCUGGACCAGAAGAAGAAGGGCAGCACUGCCGACCUGCGGAAGAAGGAGAAGGAGAACCGCAAACUCCAGCUGGAUCUUAACCAGGAGAAGGAGAAGUUUAACCACAUGGCCAUCAAGUACCAGAAGGAGUUGAGCGAGAUGCAGGGGCAACUGGUAGAGGAAUCCACGUAUCGCAACGAGCUGCAGAUGCAGCUGGACAGCAAGGAGAGCGACAUCGAGCAGCUUCGGGAGAAACUGAACGACCUGACUCAGCGCAUGGAAAACUCUAGUGUCACCAGCCUGCAGACAGAUGAGACGGACAGCAACCUCGCAGAAUCCAGAUUGGAGGGUUGGCUGUCCAUUCCUAACCGUGCUAAUAUCAAGCGAUACGGAUGGAAGAAGCAGUAUGUGGUAGUGAGCAGCAAGAAGAUUCUGUUCUACAACGACGAGCAGGAUAAGGAACAGUCCAACCCCUCAAUGGUACUAGAUAUCGACAAACUGUUUCACGUGAGACCAGUCACACAAGGAGACGUGUACCGAGCGGAGACGGAAGAGAUUCCGAGGAUAUUCCAGAUUCUGUAUGCCAAUGAGGGAGAGUGCAGGAAGGAGGCGGACAUGGAGACGGUCCCUCAGGGCGACAAGACCAACUGUCUCCCACACAAAGGCCACGAGUUCAUCCCCACGUUAUAUCACUUCCCUUCCAACUGCGAGGCCUGCUCCAAGCCUCUGUGGCACGUCUUCAAGCCGCCCCCGGCGCUGGAGUGUCGCCGCUGCCACGUCAAGUGCCACAAGGACCACCUCGACAAAAAGGAGGACGUUAUUGCUCCUUGCAAAAUAAACUACGAUGUGACCUCUGCCCGGGACAUGCUCCUGCUGGCUCUGACCCAAGAUGAGCAGAAGAAAUGGAUCGGCCACCUCGGAAAGAAGAUUCCCAAGACCCCACCAUCCACAUUUUCAAGAGCCUCUCCUCGGUCUAUGUCCACGCGCUCUGGACCAAACCAGUCCUUCCGCAAGAACCCUAAAAGCAAUACAGGAAAGCUGAGCAGAGCGCAGUCCAGCCUCCAAGCAGCAGACACAACAUCCAGCACUUGUUGACAGGAACUUCUUCAGAAAGUGUUGAUGUGUUUGUUUUUUGUUUUUUUUUAGACUUUUCUCUACAGCUUUUCUAUUUAUUAAUAUUGUUACUGGGUGUUUCUAACACGAGACACUUCCUGGUUGGUUGGUUGGUUGCUUGUUUGACCCCUGGGCUCUUUCCAGUUGACACUUGGGAUUUUUUCUAAUUGGCACUAAUGUGUUGUCGGGUUCAGUAACUAACUUAAACACUCGUUAGAAUGGUCCGCAUAAAGGAUUUUUACCCGUCAAACAUGAUGCAAAGGUCUUAACGGUGUCGCCGUGUCUGUAAACCAGCUUUUCCGUUGUAUGUUGACUUAGAUCGGCUUACUAACCAGGGUAAUGAUAUUGUGUCUCUCUUUUACUGGACACCUGUCUCUGCUUUUUGUUUCAGCUAACCAUCUGAACCGUUUUCUGGACUCUAAACUUUCCCUCCUUCCUCAUCCUCAAAAAACGGAGAAACCUGUAUUACAUAGAAAAUUCAUUAAAAAAAGAAAGAGUAUAUCAAUAAAUAUCCAGCGCUGGAAAAUUGCAACACAUGUCAGACACAAUGGCAUCAUGGACAUUAAGAGGCCUGAUACCCGCCCCCCAACUCCUCCGUCACCUUUCCACAUUCAAGAGAUAACCGUCAUUCAACUCAACAGACUUGCAGCUCUCCAUUUCUACCAGAAGAUGGCACACUCGUUCUUGAACUAAAGAUGGACAGUGGAGCGAUAGAGGGACUCAUGUCAUGGAGACAUUCUGUGUUUCAUAUUAUGUGACAGUUAUGAUGGAAAUGGGAAGGUAAAAGGGGGUUUUGCUGGGACUCCUGCAAGUAUGUGUUCAGUUUAAGGUACUGUCAUACAGGGAUUGCAGAUCUGCAGUGACUCAGGGGUGGAGAAUGAAUAUCUAUUUUAUAAUUUUCUUUCCCCCACCUGACAGAUACUCAAGCUUAAAUGCAAGCAAACUUCUGUUUCCAGCUUCAAAAAACAAUGACUGAUGCCUUCAUCUAAUAUCUUUGGCCUUUGUUGCCUUUAUUCUUAUCACUCUGCAAGUCACUUAUCAGGUUUUGGACAGAGUAUUGGGACAAAAGUAUUAGACGUUUUGAGUAUUGAGUGAGGAGCAUGCAAAAUCAUCAUUUAAAUCUAUGCAUUAUUUUUAUUAUUAUAAUUAUUUUUAUUGCUCCAAGCCAUAAGGAAUAUUCCAUUGUAAUGGCAUAUAGGAGUCCUAAAACUUAAUUGAUUUUUUUUCUGUUUAUUUGGUACAUUGUCUCUGUAAUAUUUUUUUUUUCUUGUAUUGUUUAUUUUUUUGUAAUGUAUUGCCUUACAUUGAUUCAUAGAUACAUGGUUCAAAAGGAAGACAUUAAGUUAACAAAUGUAAAACUGCACUGUUUGAAUUGUAAAUUAUUUGUAGACUAAACAGGUGUAGCAUUUGGCCCACCUAGUGCCUUAACGUUUGGAUAUUGAUUUUACUGCCAUAUCUGUUUUUCUUUUUCUUUUUCUUUUUUUCCUCCAAAACAAGACAAAUCUUAACUCUUCCAUCAUUUAUUUUUUAAGAAAUCGCCACACGUUUUGUGGUUUUAUCGGAACUUCUUUUCUCUGGUUUGAGUAUAUAAAAUAUAUAUAUUAGAUUACCUCUUUAUGGACACAUUGCAAUAGAGUUAGCGUGUCAAAACAAAGUCCCUAGACUCGGUUCAUAUCAUAAGACAAAUUUCGGGAUGGUGUACCUAAAGCGAGCCCACCUGUGUCAAUGAUUGUCCUUAACAAUUACAAGUUGUUUCUCUAACACGGUCCCGUUAAUGCAAACCCCCCACAGUGUAUAUAAUGAGAGAGACAUAAGGAUUAUGGAAUACCUCCGCAAUCUUUUUAUUUGUAACUUUUUGUUCAGUUAAAAAAAGCACUGGAACUAUGAUCUACUCUUGUCUUGGAUAAUUUGCAUGGUUAAUUGCAUUGGAGUCCGCACUGAUGGAUAUGUCAAUAAACAUAUCUUUAUCAUUCA